UCCCAAACCCCCAAUCGAGAACCCAAAGCCCGACGCCCAACGCAAUGGAGCCACGCGGUCGUCGCCGGAGGCAGCAGGGGGCGGCCGAGGGCAAGGAGAACAGCGACAGCGCGCCGCCGCCGCCGCCCAAGAGGCCGCGCAGGGCCCUGGCCGAGCUCCCCACCGACUCGACCGCGAACAAUGCCUCGGCGGCAGGGGCGCCGUCGAAGCGGAGGACGCGCGCGGCGGCCAGGGAGGCGGCCGCCGCGGCGGUGGAGGAGGAGGCGCGGAGGCGGGAGGGCUCCGCCAUUGCCGCCCGCCCGGCGGCCUCGAGGCAGACGGACGCCGGGGCGGCGCAGGCGUCGGUUGGCCCGUACGUCCCGGACAUCGACGGGUACUUGCGGUCCCUGGAGGUUGAACAAUUGAGGAGGCCGAGGGAUGACUAUAUGGAGGCCAUACAGAAAGACAUCAACGCCACUAUGAGGGGGAUCCUAGUAGAUUGGUUGGUGGAUGUGGUUGACGAGUUCAAGCUUCUGGCUGACACACUUUACCUUGCGGUUUCAUAUAUUGACCGCUUCCUCACGGCGAGCGUCGUUACCCGGGACAAGCUGCAAUUGCUUGGUGUCGCUUCAUUGUUUGUUGCUGCGAAGUACGAAGAAAUUCAUGUUCCUAAGAUGGACAAAUUCUGUGACAUUACCGACGGCACAUACACCGAUCAGCAGGUGGUGAAGAUGGAGGCUGACAUACUGAAAUAUCUCAACUUUCAGAUGGGGAGUCCCACCGUUAGAACUUUUCUAUUGAGAUUCCUAAUAUCUUCUCGUGGAUCCAAUUGUGCAAGUGCAAAAAGGAUGGAGCUUAUGUGUAUCUAUCUAGCUGAAUUGAGCUUGCUAGACUACGACUGCAUAAGGUUCUUGCCAUCAGUUAUUGCUGCUGCCUGUCUGUUCUUAGCCAGGUUCACAGUCAGCCCAAUGACUCAUCCUUGGGACCUGACUCUGCAAGAGAACACAGGCUACAAGGUCUCUAAUCUCAAGAGUUGCAUCUUGAGGAUACACGAAUUGCAGUUGGGCAGACAGUAUUUAAAUCUGAAGGCCAUCAGGAGCAAGUAUAAUGAGCGCAAGUUCGGGUGCGUGUCGAUGAUGGCCUCGCCAGAAGAAAUUCCUGCAUCUUUCCUCGAAGACCUCAAUAAGUGAAUGGUUGACAAUGUCGUUUGAUUUCGACAUAAGAUGGAAGCAGGGAGCGGAUCCCUUUUUUUUGGGAAAAAAAGGGGGUUAAAGGGCUGAUUUGCUCAUGCAGCAUCUUUUCCAGUCUAAGGCAGAAAAUUCAUUAUUAGCGAAUUAGGGGUUGACUUAGCAAGAAUUUUUCAUGCCCACCUGUAGGUAGUUAGUCGCGCCAUUUUGGUUGCAUUUACAGUACAGCUAUCAAGCUGCAUCUGUAAUCUGGUAUCAACGUGUGACCGGGAUGUUUUUGUAUAGAGGCUAGCAUGUUGGUGGUGCCGUGGUCAAUGUGACACAAUGAUAAAAUUCUUCUUGAAAGCUCUCAGGCAAUGUUUUUGUUGCA